ACUCUUGCAGUGAAGUGGUACUUAAUUCGUGUUCUCACGGGUGAUAGCCAUCUACCACGUCUAGACUCGAAGACGAAGGAGUGUUUUAUUUGUAGUAAUAUUUUUCUAACUCCUUAUGUUUGUUUUUAAGUUUGCUAGUACACAUUCAAGCACACACUUUUUCUAAGACUAACCCCGAAGUUGUCGAGAGUCUCACUUUCGGUGGAAUUGGAUAUUUGAGUUGUGCUUGGUUUCUUUUCUGUUGUGUAGGUGUUCUAGAAAAUUGAAAAUAGAAAAAAAAACAGUGGAUGCGAACCAGAUCUAAGGGUACACCGCGAUUUGGGUUAUUGAUACAUCAUAGAAGAGGACAAAAUUCAGCUGUGAUUGAUACACAUCAGGACAAUCAGAGUCCUGUGAGAGAAAAUCCAAUUUUUGAAACAAAUUUUGAGAGUAGUAGCAGUGAUUCAGAAGCUGAGUCGAUGGCCGAGAACAAUGACCAUGCUCCUCCUGUGGAAAAGUUUGGCGAUACUGUCAAAUCGGGAGUUGAUCACCCGGGAAAUUUCGCCUAUGCUACGGACAACAUAAGCAUCCCACCUCACUACAUCAGCUUGGUGAAUGGUGGCACCUUGUUCCAUGGUCGUGAAGACGAAGAGCCCAUAAGCCACCUCAAUGCAUUUUAUGAGUUGACCAUGAACCAUAGACCUGCGAAUGUGCCACAUGAUAAUAUCAAGAGAGCUCUCUUUCCUUUUUCGUUGAGAGACAAAGCACGAGAGUGGUACGACUCACUUCCGGGGUACAAUGUGGCGACCUUUGAAGAUCUGAAAUCCAAGUUUCUCCUGGAAUAUAAUUCACCAAUGAAGAUCGAGAGAUUGAGGGAUGCCAUCACAUCUUUUCGGCAGCAAGAUGAUGAAUCUUUUCGCUAA